AUGGCGGCUCAAGUCAGCAAGAAAAAGAAGGUCUGAAAACCCACAAGAUCUUUGUUGUAACGAUUUGAAUUAUAAUUUUCACAUUACUGUAGUGAAAUAUAAUUGUUUGAGUCGCUAUUCGACACCUUAGUUCGAUAUGAUGUUCGAAUUACGGCCAAGAUUGAAGUGGAUUUAUUUUUGUCGUAGUAUCUUAAUCGCAAAUGACUGUGUACUGAUAGCUAGCAAUUUUCUGAAAUCCAGGGAAAUAGUGCUGUUCUGAACCUAAAUUUUGCCCACUCGAGUGAAGCAAUCAGUUUUAUGUCAGAUUGUAAAUCUAGGAUUUCGAAGAAAUCAUUGAUUGAGGAAAGUUUUGGAAAGGAAUGAAGCUAAGUUAUUUAUAUAUUUUCCCUGAGAUCCUUUACUGAAAGUUUGGCUUUUUCCCUUACUUAUGAAACGGAACAGUGGGUAUAUAAAUUUUUUCAAUAUGUGCUUAAGUUGUUUUUCUAACUUUUUGAUUGAUUUAGUUCGUUGCUGAUGGCGUUUUCAAAGCCGAGUUAAACGAGUUUUUAACUCGUGAAUUAGCAGAAGAUGGGUACAGUGGUGUAGAAGUGCGUGUUACUCCGAUCCGAACUGAGAUCAUUAUUUUGGCCACCAGGACUCAGAAUGUCCUGGGAGAGAAGGGACGACGAAUCCGUGAACUUACCUCUGUGGUACAGAAGAGAUUUGGAUUCCCUGAGGGAACUGUAGAGGUACUUGUAGAAAUCUUGUAAUCAAAUUCUAAGGUCAAACAGUGUCAUAAAGGAAGGCCUGGAGGAAUCAUGUACUUUGAUUUUGCAUUUUAUAAGUACAUUUAAACUAAUAUUCAUUUUAUUAGUAUGUGAUAUAACAGUGGUAGCAUUGGAGGCACACUCUGAUUGGAUUCACCUCCAAGCAACUUGUGUGGGACUUCCACCUGACAAAAUUGUUAUCAUUGCAGAAAUAAAUGAGCUAAAAUCCUCAUUUUGUGCCAUAUUAUCUCACUGUUUUAGUAUUUACUAAAACAAAUAUUCACUUUCAUGUCAGUGAAUAUUGGUGGAUAUUUACCUGGCUGCUUUGUGGCUCAGUAAAUAUCCAUCACUAGCUGCCUCCACUUGGUUAAUAGUUGUUUAAAAAAAAAAAAACAGUGUUAAAGAUGACUCUAACUUUGAUAAGAAGGAUACUUUGGCUCAUGCAGUCAUGGUGAUGAUUUGCAAACAAAUGGCCUAAUCAAGAUAUAGUAAAUCAUUCCAGUUAAGGUCAUCUUGUAAGGUCUAAGGACAUGACAUAGCUCUUGGGGUUCUAAAAACAAUUUUUUUUCAUGGUCAAAGAUUUAGUCUACUUGUUCCAUUUUAGGGAAAUUUUCUUUUGCCUUUUUUUGUUGUCUGGUUUGCAAAAGAACUGGCAUAAUUUUUGUAGAACAUCAAGAUUGUUAACAGAAAAUGUACUGAUAAUUAAUUCUUCCCUCCAGUUGUAUGCAGAAAAGGUGGCCACAAGGGGUUUGUGUGCUAUUGCCCAGUGUGAGUCCCUUAGGUAUAAACUGAUUGGUGGACUGGCAGUGCGCAGGUAAGAAUUCACGACAUUUAAUACUAUAUAAAAGGACAUAUGGGGACUAUUGUAAAUAUCUUCAUAUCUGAUGGAAUGAACUGGUUACAAACUUGAUUACAUGUACAUAAAAGGGAUUUUAGUCUAUUGCCAACAUUUUUUUUGAAGUGUCAUUUUGAAAAUGACUGUAGAAGAGUUUCUUUCUGGCUCUAAAAGUGUUAUCUUGACUUUGUUUCAUGAGGGGAUAAUGUGGCUAUUGAAGCUGGAUAAGGGAAUUUAAAUUUGUAUUUGAAUUGAUCUCCGCAUGGGAACAUCUGAUUCAUCAAACUUGCUUUUUUAAUUCAAUGGCAGGGUUGUAGCUGAGAUAUUAAGCUGCUAACUGAAAUUUCAAGCAAGGCAGCUCAAAGAUGUUUGAUAUUGAACAAUUUCAGUGAUAGAAUUUGGCUGGCUGCCUGCAAUUAGUGACAACCCUGUUAUAACACUGUUAUCAUUCAAAUAAAGUCUCUUAUGUCAUUGUGAACAGGGCUUGUUAUGGUGUGCUUCGAUUCAUCAUGGAGAGUGGAGCCAAAGGCUGUGAAGUUGUGGUGUCUGGGAAGCUCCGUGGUCAGCGUGCCAAGUCCAUGAAAUUUGUUGAUGGUUUGAUGAUUCACAGUGGAGACCCAACCAAUCACUAUGUUGAUAUGGCUAUUAGACAUGUCUACCUCAGGCAGGGUAUGUUUGUCUUGCUAGUUCACUUUCCACUUGUGUAGGCUUGCCAAACAAAUACUUAACUGAUGCUCAGUCCACAAGAAUACAGUAAGAGAGGCAAUUUUUUUUUUGGAGAUUGAGAACAACUAGAUAACUAAGUAACUGUUCUCUUUAAGAUAGGUUAUCUAGAAACACUUGUAACACUUAAGUUGAAACACUAAAUACAUGCAUCUUGAGUUGGCAGUAUAUCGAAAUGGUACUUUCGGAAAGAAUCUAGAGUUGCUGCCUUGACACCCAAGAAAGUUAGCUGUAACCAUCUGAUAACAAGUUUCGAAAUGAAUUCAUUUUGUCAGAGCCUCUUGUAAGAUGAUUCAUAAGAAAUUUUUAUUUAAGAACACUAGAAAACUCUUACUGUUGUUAACAAAGACAUUUUUGCCAUUAGGUGUGCUUGGAAUUAAAGUUAAGAUCAUGUUGCCAUGGGACCCCACUGGCAAAACUGGACCCAAAAAACCACUCCCAGAUCAUGUCAGCAUUGUGGAGCCCAAAGAGGAGGUUGUUCCAGCCACACCUAUCUCUGAACACAAAGGAGGCAAACCUGAACAGCCAGCACCAACUCCUGGAUUGUAGAGUUACCAG